UUUCUAACCGUUUGUUUCCGCGGUCUGAGUUGAGUUUUGUUUUGUUUCGAAUUUGUGUUUAAUUUAAUAUUGAGUGCACGUCUUUUAUAAUAUGAAUUAAAAUGUUACGUGAAUUUCAAUAAAGUACCUCUUGUUUAUGCGAAUUCUUUAUUAAAUUGCUUGCAUUGAAGAAGGCAAGACAAUAUUGUACCAUGGACAAGUGGAGUAAAACGCAGUUAAGUCACUUUUUGUUGCUAUGCGUUUAUAUUCAACUAUCUAGAACGCUAGGAGAUGUCUCUUCACGGAAUGCUAACACAAUCGCUACGACAUACACAUCCCCCACCACUAUACAAACCGAUUUGGAGCCCAUAAAUGGUACAAUAAAUUAUCGAAUUAAUGGUAAGAAGAAUCGUGACAAUAAGCCUUGGUUCGACGGGCGUGGCCUGGAUAUGCAACACACACAGUGUGUGCGUCAUGGUCGUUGCGAGCGGCUCGUAAACAGCACAUGUUUUGGAGCUAACAUUACAUAUAGUUUAACCAGUUUAGAUCUCACCGACUACCAAAACCAAGAUCAAAUGUUAAAGCAUUUAAGUAGUUAUCGUGCGCUUAGAAAUGUACCGAAAUGUUGGGCCGUAAUACAACCUUUUCUCUGCUCUGUGUUUAUGCCAAAAUGUGAACAGAUAAAUGGCAAGGAUAUGGUUUACCUACCCUCUGUGGAAAUGUGUCGCAAAACAUGGGAACCAUGUCGCAUACUCUACAAUACCUCGUAUUUCCCCGAAUUCCUACGUUGCAAUGAGACUUUGUUUCCACCUAAAUGUACCAACGAUGUGCAGGAUAUGAAAUUCAAUGCAACAGGUAGCUGUUUGCCACCACUGGUGCCAGCCGAUUCCAGCAGCAGUUACUAUCCCGGCAUUGAAGGUUGCGGCGUACAAUGCAAAGAUCCUUUAUAUACAGAUGAUGAACACCGACAAAUUCACAAAUUGAUCAGCUGGCUGGGCACACUAUGUUUCUUAGCUAAUUUGUUUGUUGUAGCCACUUUUAUUAUCGAUUGGGAGAAUGCUAAUAAGUACCCAGCUCUGAUUGUGUUUUACAUAAAUUUAUGCUUCAUGAUUUCCUGUUUGGGUUGGCUGGCACAAUUCACACCCGGUUCACGUGAGGACAUCGUUUGUCGCAAAGAUGGCACGCUGCGACAUUCAGAGCCUACUGCCGGUGAAAAUCUAUCCUGCAUUGUUGUAUUUGUACUUGUCUACUACUUUCUUACCGCAGCCAUGGUUUGGUUUGUUUUUCUCACCUACACUUGGCAUCUGCGUGCAGUGGGCAACGUCCAAGAUCGCAUUGAUAAGAAAGGUUCAUAUUUCCAUUUGGUUGCGUGGUCACUGCCGCUAGUGCUAACCAUUACCACAAUGGCACUGAGCGAAGUAGAUGGCAACAGUACGGUUGGCAUUUGCUUUGUUGGUUACCUAAAUCAUCCCAUGCGGGCGGCCUUAUUGCUGGGCCCUUUGUGUGGCGUUAUUUUGGUUGGUGGCUAUUUCGUUACACGCGGCAUGAUAAUGCUAUUUGGGCUGAAGCAUUUUGCCAACGAUAUUAAAUCCACAUCGGCAAGCAAUAAGAUACAUCUGAUCAUUGUAAGAAUGGGUGUGUGUUCGAUAUUUACACUCAUUUUCAUAUUAGCAGCCAUCGCAUGUCAUGUAAACGAGUUUAAGCAUUCACGCGAAUGGGCUGAAAGUCUCGGAAAAUUCAUAGUUUGUCGAAUUGCAACCGAGGAAAAGUGCCGAAUCGAAAAUCGUCCUAGCAUUGCGUUGCUGCAGCUGCAUUUGAUCUGCCUGUUUGGCUCGGGAAUUGUCAUGUCUACUUGGUGCUGGACACCAUCGUCGCUUGACACCUGGCGUCGUUACAUAAGAAAGAAAUGCGGUAAGGAAGUUGUGGAGGAAAUAAAAAUGCCAAAACACAAGGUGAUCGCUCAAACUUGGGCAAAACGCAAAGAGUUCGAGGAUAAGGGUAGGCUAUCCAUAACACUUUACAACACGCACACCGACCCUGUAGGUUUGAAUUUUGAUGUAAAUGAUUUAAACUCAUCUGAAACCAAUGAAAUCAGUUCAACAUGGGCGAAUUAUUUGCCACAAUUUGUGAAACGCCGGAUGGCACUCACCGGUGCGGGCACCACAAACUCAUCCAGUCAAGGCCCACGCAAAAACUCCGUGGACUCGGAGAUCAGUUUUAGUGUACGACAUGUUUCCGUAGAAUCACGACGCAAUUCUGUCGACUCUCAGGUGUCAGUAAAAAUCGCCGAAAUGAAAACAAAAGUCGCCUCACGCACACGCAAUGGCCAUCAUCAUCAUCACAGUAGUAAACAUGCAACUGCUACCAAUAAACGUACGCAUAAACGUCGUGACUUUAUAUCGGCAGCCACAACUGGGCGUAAAUAUAGCGGACGACGGGAAAGCAGUACCUCCAUAGAGUCGCAGGUCAUUGCUUUAAAAAAGACCACAUAUCCAAAUGUCAGUCACAAGGUCGGCCUCUUUGCACAGCAAAGUACAAAGAAACACCAUACGCACGGGGGCAAAAUGAUGAAGCGACGCAGCGCGAAUGCUGGUCUGGACCCGGCCGAUAUCAGUGAAUUUUUGGCCAAAAACGGUCAGUUGCUUAUGCCUUUCCUGCAGCAGCAAGGCUUAAGCAGCUCUUCCGAGGAGGAAAAUUCACAUGCUUCCUUCAAAAUACAAGAUUCUCGCUUAGAUGUACUGCUUAAACAGGACCUAAGUGACGAUUCCAACUAUAAUGACGAAAACAAUGUGGUUCAUGCACAUGCAGGUGCGCAUAUCGAAGAAAUAAACGCUGAAAAAAGCGAACGCAAUGUGAAGAAACAAAUCGCUUUAGAGAAUCUCUUAAAGAAUAUGCAAAAAUCGAAUGAAUCGACCGGUAACCGCAAUUCACGCAACUCUACACGUAGCCGAAAUUCACGUAAAUCACAAGCGACCAACACUGCGACCGCUGCAACAUGCUCGGCUGCCACCAUGCUUGCUAACAGCAACAAUCGUCGCUCACAGCGCAGCAACAAGAGCAGAAAGCACAGUUCAAUGCGCUCGAAUGUUGCCGCAACCGCGGUAUUACACAACCACAGCAACGACGAGGAGGAUCCGCUGAAUAUAUCUGAUUUGAAUUUGCAUUUAACACGUGAUCUCAAUGGUGAUGGUAUCGUUGAAAUUGGUGAUUCCAUCACCUCUUCGUGCACUUCCUCCGAACUCGACUUACCGCUCGGUUUGACAUUGCACAGCUCCUAUUCGGCGCACUCUACAGGCAAGCCGCACUCGCGUAACAGCAAAACGAGCUGUGAUGUGGGCAUACAAGCGAAUGCCUUCGAAAUUGCAACGCACAAUUUAUCUUCCUAUGACGAAGACGAAUUGAAGUUGGCAAUGCGGCAAUUAAAUGCGAAGAGCGCGAAACAGAAAAAUGAUUAUGCUAACGAAGCCAUCGACGCCACCGAAAUGAAUACAUUGUUGCGCAACAACAAUAACAAGCACAGGGAAACAACACUCUUAAGCGAAUCCGAAAAGUUGAAGUUAUUGUUGCUGCCAUCGAAGUAAAUAAAAAUAGAAUCUCAAGGAGUUGAAAUUAGUAAUUAAGAAACUCGCAUAAGGUCAUUGUUAGCGAAAGUUAAGUGUGCAGCAGCGGAUAAUGUAAAGCAAAGUGUUUAGUAGCACUAAGUAUACAAGUUAGUGCUUAAUGUUUAAUGCGUUUAUAUAUUUUUAGUUGCAUUUUUAUAGCCUGAACUGAGUAUAUUAAGUUCGCUACGAAAUUAGGCGCACCAAAAACAGAACGUUGGAGAUCUAGUCGUUGUAUGAAAAACUUUUGUAUUUGACAAGAUGU